GGAGAGCACUCUCUAUUGAAUGGUGUAUCAAAACCCCACCGAGAAACCAUCAGAGCCUUUUUGGCUUAUUUCCAAAAUCAGUUGCACAUUACACAGAUCCUCCGGCGGGCAAGGGGAAUAGUUUUGUUUCAGCAAUAGAAGGUUCCCAAAUAUUCUUCCAGUUUUUAGAUGCUGCAGUACUCUUGUUUUCACGUGUUACAAAUAUUCCGACAGAAAGUCUCGUUCUCCCUGUGAUAUCCACAAAUGACAGACUUACGUUGGGAUGUGAAUUAUGGGAUGGAACCAUAAUACAUGGGCAACAACAAAAAUUGCAUCUAAUGGAUCUAUUCAACCUGUUGAUAAGAAAGGCUCCUCUAUUCCAGCAUUGGCUUCAAGAACAAAGAGAAUGUUCUACAUGUCAAGUGAGGGAAGAAACUUGUUACACGAGCAAGUCAGUAUGUUAUUGCCCUGUUGGUUCCCAAGGAUGGUCAAAUUCCAGUAGAUGUUCAGAGUUGUCUAAGCAAGGAAUCUUUCAGUGUAAUUGCAAGACAGUAUUCCAUUCUUCGUGGAGCCCUUCAACGCAUUUCCCUCUGGAAUCUUAUUGUUUGGGUAUGACCGGACAACUACCGAUAUCUAUGAAUCUGACAAUUGUUUCUUAUAAUUUGGAUUCUAUCUUCUAUAGGCAGCGGUCUAAUUCCACGACGGAGAGUCGGCGUGGCGUAAAGUGAUCUUUUAAAAUUAAAACCUUAAAUAGAUUUUUUGCUUAAAUUACUU